UUUACUAGCACAUCAAAUUUUCACAUUCUCAAGUAUAUUCAGCUUAUAAAGAAUGGGUUUCAGAUUUCCAAGCAUAGUUCAUGCUAAGAAGCUAAUUCAGAGACCUUUCUCAAGCUCAAAAGAAGUUCCAAAAGGGUAUUUGGCUGUUUAUGUUGGGGAAAACAGAAUGAAGAGAUUUGUGAUCCCUGUGGCAUAUUUGAACCAGCCAUCAUUCCAAGAGUUGUUGAGUCAAGCUGAAGAGGAAUUUGGAUUCGAUCAUCCAAUGGGAGCUCUUACUAUUCCCUGCACAGAAGAUGCCUUCAUCCAUCUUAUUUCUCACUUGAAUGUGUAGUGAUUAGCAUACACACUACUCAUUAUGGACAAUCUCUAACAGAAAUGAUUAUUACAAUUUUGUAAGGCAAACAAUGCCAAUACCAUGUGUAUAUAUUUUUCCUUGGGGAUCAACAGAAAAGUUGUCCCUAAUAUUGAGAUAAAUGAAUUCAUUACCAAGAUAUUCUCAA